GUAUGUAAAAAAAGGCUACAUAACGAAUAAGGCUUUGUUAGGUGGAUACAUACUGGAAUACCCAUAUUAUUAUCAUUUAUCAGUUUCGAUAGUUCGAUAAUUCGCUACACGUAUAAGAAAGACGCCGGCUGGUGGAAAAAGUAAUAUGUCCGCCUCAAUGAGCAGCAAGAGCACCCUGGUGUCCUCCAUCAUCUCGGGCCUCCUGAGCAUCGUUCUGUUUGGCACACUGCGUUUCUGCUCGGAAUGGUUCAACGACUCGCAGCUGAGGGUUCUUUUGGGCGGAUACCUGUUCUCCUGGGUGUUCAUCCUGAGCCUCACGUGCGUCUCCAACGCGGAGAUGGUCGUCUUUGGUCAGGAUUUCCAGGCCAAACUGCUACCUGAGAUUCUAUUCUGCCUGUCACUCACGGUGGCCGCUGCGGGAAUAGUUCAUCGUGUCUGCGCCACCACCAGUGUGCUCUUUUCUCUGGUGGGGCUCUACUUUCUUAACAGGAUCUCCACGAAGUAUUACUCCGUUCAGGUGCCCAGCGUGGAUGCUCCUGCGACGAGAAAGGGCGGAAAGAAGUUCAAAUGAACCUUUUGCCAGCUUCUUAAUUCAAUACUAACACAUUCGAAUAUUUACUUAUAUUAAUUUCUUAUAAUCUUUAAUAAAUAACAAACUUAAAAGUCA